CAGGGACUUUGUUUUUCCACUUUCCGUUGGGGUUGUCUUACGUUUGGUCCUCCGUUCGAUCCAAUCCAUCAGACGAACCCAUGGUUGUCCCGUGCGGUUUCUACUGUUACCCACCCUGCAUUUCCUACCGUUUUCAGCUCUAGCGUCGGAAUUCUCAAUCUCUGUUCGUCGUCGUCUUUGUCCAUGGUCAUGGCCGCCACUGCUCGGACCGUAGAGGAGAUCUUCAAAGAUUACACUGCUCGAAGAGCCGGCCUUGUUCGUGCCUUAACUGAUGAUUCGGAUGAAUUCUACGCACAGUGCGAUCCAGAAAAGGAGAACCUGUGUCUGUAUGGACAUCCAAACGAGAGGUGGGAGGUAACACUACCGGCGGAUGAAGUGCCACCGGAGCUACCUGAACCUGUUCUUGGUAUCAAUUUUGCUAGAGAUGGCAUGACCCGCAAGGACUGGCUUUCCCUCAUUGCUGUUCACGGUGAUUCUUGGCUGCUCUCUGUGGCUUUCUACCUCGGAGCUCGUCUUAAUAGGAACGACAGGAAACGACUUUUCAGCAUGAUCAAUGAUCUCCCUACUGUCUUUGAAGUUGUAACAGACAGGAAGCCCAGAGAAAAGCCCAGUAUCGAUAGUGGAAGCAAAUCUCGAGGCAGCACUAAGAGAUCUAGUGAUGGGCAAGUGAGAAGCAACCCCAAACAUGAAAACUACCAUGUUGAUGAAGAUGAACACAUGGAUACACUUUGCGGAAGCUGUGGUGGAAACUACAACGCUGAUGAAUUCUGGAUCGGCUGUGACAUCUGCGAGAGAUGGUUCCAUGGCAAGUGCGUGAAAAUAACCCCUGCCAAAGCUGAGACCAUUAAGCAAUACAAGUGCCCUUCAUGCUGCAUUAAGAGGAACAGGCCUUAACCCCCUUUAAUACAUGGCCCUUCUUACUGGCACACCAGACUGUAGUCAAUUUAGUCCGAGUAUCAUUUACACUAGCUGUAAUGCAUUGUUAUAAAAAUGCCUUUUCAUUUAUUUUCAUCUGUAAUCCUCAUUUUCUCAAAUGUCAGCUUAUUGUAAUCUAAUCUCCUGAUGUAUGAAGUGCUACAAUGACAUUUGGUUUUUCGGCCUCACUCUUAUCUGAAACAUUCUUCUCUAUUCUCCAUCUGGUGCAAAACUUUGCCUAGUUUCUGGUCUCUACUGGAUGGAACUAAUCUUCCUAGAUAUGGAUGCAGACGAAAUACCGCUGAACGCAAAGCAAAUCAGCCCUCAUUUCUGGAAGAAGACAAAGAUGAGAGGUGGGGACAGUUGAUCAUGAGCUAUACAAUACGAAUGGCGGGAUGUGCUUGAGCUGGGGCUGUCUACUACAUUUCACUUGAGCACUGCCGCUUGAGUUGGGAUCUUCUUCUACCUGAUUGUGUAGACAAUGGGUUCCAGUCGCUCGGAUGGCGCUGGGAAAGAGCGACUGCGGUGGACACAAGAGCUACACGACCGGUUUGAAGAAGCUGUUAACCAGCUCGGUGGCCCUGACAGGGCUACUCCGAAAGGGAUCCUGAAGGCUAUGAGCAUUCCUGGGCUAACCAUCUACCAUGUCAAGAGCCACUUGCAGAAAUACAGGAUCUCCAAAUUUAUCCCAGAAACACCCAAUAGAGGGAUGGAGAGAAGGAACAUUUCGGAGAUGCUGCCCAAUUUCAGUGCCACCUCAGGAGCUCAACUGAACGAAGCACUGCAAAUGCAGGUGGAAGUGGAGAGGAGGCUGAGCGAUCAUCUUGAGGUUCAGAGAAGUCUAAAGCUGAAGAUCGAAGCUCAGGGGAGGUUCCUGGAGAGGAUGGUGGAGGAGCACAGGAACAGAGCUGCUUUCUCCAAGCCUAGGCCCUUCCCUACCAUGUCCUUGCCAUCUCUCUGCGACGAGUCCGAGUCCAACACCAAGGAAGACGAGUCGGACUCGGAAGGAGACCGCCUGGAAGUUCAGUCGGCACAGGAUUUCAGGGCUAUGAAGAGACUCAGAAUGGAGAACGACAUUCUGCCGCUGCGGUACAAGAUCUCUUCUUCAGUGGCUGCUGCGGCAGUACUGGAUCCCUACUCGGCGGCUGUUCAGAACAUGAUGAUGUUUCAGAAAGAUGCCAAGUUCUCGUACCCAACUCAAGGGAUCAACUUUGCCUGGAACAACAUGGCCCGCCCCACCCCACUGCUACCUAGCUUUUUCUGAAAUCAAAACCACAGUUGAGGACUAACGCAUUAUUUGGAUUGUUUCUUUUUUAUUUUUUCGUAAACAAUACAUGAAGUAGGCUGUUUUGGGACGAUCGAAUAAGGGAGAAAGAAAACUAAAAAAAAAUCCAUUUUCGCACCAUUAUAAUAUCAUCUAUUUAUUUAUCUUGGAUGUCUAGCAAUAAGCAUCCUAAUAUGAUGCAUACAUUUUUCCUUCUUUUUACCCGAAAAGGUUUAUGUAUUGUGGUGAGUGGUGACUCUAUAUAUGUAUCAAUGUGAUAAUGUUAAAACCUUGAAAAACACAGUGUCU